AUGUGUCGAUAUACUCAAAUCACCGAUUAUUUGAAGUCAUUAGAUUCAAAAUGGUCUUCAAUUUGGAAAACAUUAUCGCCAGAUAACUCUUUAGAUCCUGUUAAAGGUUUGAAAGAAUAUAAAAAUGGCUCCUUUUACUUAUUGUCUAUGUUUCCUUAUCCCUCUGGUUUGUUACAUUUGGGUCAUUUGAGAGUUUAUACUAUUACAGAUGUUAUAUCAAGAUUUCUAAAACUCAAAGGUAAAGAUGUUAUCAAUCCUAUGGGUUGGGAUUCAUUUGGUUUACCUGCUGAGAAUGCAUCAAAAGAAAGAAAAAUUUUACCUCAUCAAUGGACAUCACAAAAUAUUGAAAAAAUGAAAGGCCAAUUAAAUUGCAUGUUAACAACUUUUGAUUGGGAUAGAGAAGUUACAACCUCAACAAAAGAAUAUUACAAAUUCACUCAAAAUUUAUUCUUAUUAUUGCUCAAGCAUAAUUUAGCUUACAAAAAAUUCUCGAAAAUUAAUUGGGAUCCAGUCGAUAAAACAGUUUUAGCCAAUGAACAAGUCGAUGCUAAUGGCAAUAGUUGGAGAAGUGGUGCAAAAGUUCAAAAAAGAUUUUUAAAUCAAUGGUAUCUUAAAAUUACUGAUUUUUCAAAUGAUUUAGAUAAAGAUUUGGCCUUAUUGAAAGAUUGGCCAAAAAAAGUUAAAUUGAUGCAGAAAAAUUGGAUAGGAAAAUCAAAGGGGAUUCAGCUAGCUUUUCCACUAAAUUUUUCUUCUGGUGAAAACAAUGAAAAUAUAUCUGUAUUUACCACAAGACCAGACACCCUAUUCUCAGUUCAAUACAUAGCUUUGUCAAUGAACCAUUCAAUAGUAACUAAAUUAUCUGAAAAUGACGCUAAUCUUAAAAGUUUUCUAGAAAGCUCUGAGAAUUUACCUAGCGAUUCCAAAGUUGGUUAUAAGUUGCCUAAUUUAAAUGCUUCUAAUCCAUUGAAAGAUAAGAAUUUGUAUGAUGUUCCAGUAUUUGUUGCUCCCUAUGUGAUUGAUGAUUAUGGGGAUGGCGCUGUUAUGGGUUGUCCUGCCCAUGAUCAAAGAGAUUUUGAAUUCUGGACUUUAAAUCAGCCAGGUUCUCCAACCAUUGAAUCAAUUCUUCCAUUAUCUGAUGAAAACAACCAAAAUCGCAUUAUUCCUGAAAAAAUUGAUCAACCCUAUACUUUGAAAAAGGGAGUAUUAUCAAACAAUUGUCAAGAAUUUUCUGGAUUAUCAGUGGAAGAUGCAACCAAAAAAAUUAUUGAAAAAAUUAUAUCUUUAAAUUUUGGCAAAGAAAUAAUCAAUUAUAAAAUUAGAGAUUGGCUAAUAUCAAGACAAAGAUUUUGGGGUUGUCCUAUCCCAAUAAUUUAUUGUCCUGAUUGCGGAACUGUUCCAGUUCCCGAAAGUGAUUUACCUGUUUUAUUGCCUGAAAAGGAUUUGAAAAUUGAUCAUUUUAUGAGUGGUGGUGGAAAUCCUCUAGCUAAAAUUGAUUCAUUCACUGAAUGCAAGUGCCCCAAAUGCGGGAAUUCAAAUUCGAAAAGAGAAACAGAUACAAUGGACACUUUCAUCGAUAGCUCUUGGUACUUUUUGAGAUAUUUGGACAAUAAAAAUGAAAAUGAAAUAUUUAAUAAAGAUAUUGUUUUAAAAAAUAUGCCAGUUGAUUUGUAUGUUGGAGGUGUUGAACAUGCGAUCCUACAUUUGUUAUAUUCUCGAUUUAUCACCAAGUUUUUAUACAAAAUUGGAUAUAUUAAAAACCAAGAGGAAUUAAAUGGAGAACCAUUCAAAAAAUUGGUUACUCAAGGUAUGGUUCAUGGAAAAACUUUCAUCAACCCUAAAAAUGGAAAGUUUUUGAAACCAGAAGAAUUGGAUUUUGAAAAUUCAAUUUUAAGAGAUAGUGAAAGGAUUCCAUUGAUCAAAGAUACAAAAGAAGUCCCGACAAUAACCUGGGAAAAAAUGUCGAAAUCUAAAUAUAAUGGAGUUGAUCCUCAAGAAACAAUAUUAAAGUAUGGUGCAGACUCAACCCGAGCACAUAUGUUAUUUCAAGCACCAAUCACCGAUACUUUAAAUUGGGAUGGAAACAAAAUCGUUGGUGUUCAAAGAUGGUUAAAAAAAGUUAUAACAUUGAGUGAGGUGAUAGCUGAUAAAUAUGAAAAUAAUAUAAAUGCCGAGGAUUUUAAUAAAAACAAAGAGGAGUUUAGUGAAGACGAAAUUCAUUUUUAUAAUAAUGCCCAAGAUUUAUUUUCAUCGAUCACUGAAUCAUUGGAGGUAAAUUUAUCAUUAAACACAUUAAUCUCAGAUUUUAUGAAAUUAACAAAUUUGAUUUUUGAACAGAUUGAAAAUGAUAAAGAUGUUAAUGCCCAACUAUUGUUUGAUAUUUAUAAAAGUUUGUUGAUUAUGAUUUCACCUGUGACUCCUUGUUCAGCCGAAGAAUCAUAUGAAUUAUUAAACAAUAAACUUAAAAACAUUAACAAACCAUUCAGUACAAUUUUUAUGGAAGAUUGGCCCGCAGUUGGUGAAAAGAUCAAAAAAAAAUAUAUGGACUAUAAAAUAAUGAUUAAUGGUAAAUUUGCUUUCAAAUUGAAAGAAAAAGUUGAUUUUUUUGAGCAAAGUAAAGACCAAGAAUUUUAUCUCAACAAAGUUUUGGGAAAUGAAGAAAGCAAAAAGGUUCCAUUAUUAGAAAAUGUAAAUAUUAAUAAUAUUAAUAAUUUUAAAAAUAUUAUUGUCAAGAAAGGACUUAUAAGUAUUGUUUUAAAUAAAUGA